CUAGCAUGUGGCUAAUGGCAACGAGUCAGACCCUCACGCCGUGACACGUGCGGGACGCACUGUGAGGACUUCCACUUAGUUUCGAGGCAGGACACGCCCCGCUGGAACAUGAUUGGCUCCUGCAAAAGCUACACAGCGCGAAUCCAGUUUUCGUUCCCAACCAACUGAAGUUUGUCUUGGGCCGUCGGAAGAUGCCGAUGUGUCACGACUACGUUCCGUGGCUGGUGGUCUUCAUGCUGGCGGCGGUCCUCCCCACGGGACUCUGCGACCAGGACCAGAGUCGUCGCGCAGUCGCCGAGCACCAGCUGAUGCACGACCGCGGCCACAACAUCCAGAGCCUCAAGCGCCUCAUCUGGCUGUCCGGGGCCAUGGAGGGUCUGCACACCGCCCAGACCCGCUCGGCGGUCUGGGGCCCGGGACCCCGCAAGGGCCCCGGCCCGGAGCUGAACCUCGACGCGGCUCUGGAACCCGCCGUCGCCGUCGACGACUACCGGCCCGCUCUGGUGCGCAACCUCCUCAGAGACUUCUUCAACAGUCCUUACGGGACGCACGUGGCCGAGCGAGAGCCCUAAAGCCAUUAGUCCGGUGGCUAGCAAAUGUCGACACACCCCUGUUUGAAUGCCAGGUUUUUGUGACGUAGCAAAAAAUGAGACCAAGAGAAGAUCCACUGUUAAUGACUCACAUUCUGUAAAGCUCAAUUGGGGCAGUUUUAGUGAUAUUGAAUGUGGUUGCAAAAGUGUGCACACCCUCUUGAAACUGAGGAUGUGGUGGCCGCGUUUGAAGUGAAGCAACCACAUUCAAACCUUGACGUCAAAUGCGGGUCAUCACACAUUUGCCAGCCUUUAAUGUGCCACAAAUGAAAGCAAAUUUGACACAAUUUCCUUUCGCAAAAACCUGGCAUGUACAACGGAACACGUUUCAAGCAUGCGCACUAAGUUCGGCCUCGUUAAUUGUCCGCAUUGCGGUUUUUCCUCAACUCUUUUCAAAUAAAAGAAUUUCAAUAAAUGACAUAAAUAUGUAUUGAACCACAGUAUAAUUUUUGAAAACCAACACUUCUCAAACGUUCAAUGUGAGUGUGUUGUGCUUCAAAGUGAAAUACAAGUGGAGGAUAUUUGAAUUGAAUUGCACUUGUUUUCUUUUAGUUGGCAUUUUAUUCAUUUAACGGUGUGAAAACAAUUUCAGCUUUCCUCAUCUUUUGUUCACGCCUAAAAAAGCUUUAGGAGCUUUUAGCAAACAGCGAUUGUCAACGCAAAUAUUUCUCUGUGUAAAUAUAUGUAUAUGUAUGCAUGUCGUGU